UGUUAGCGGCGGUGCUAAAACAAGUCACAAAUUACAAAUUUUCAAUCAUUAUAUUUAUAGUUAGGACUCUUUUUCCGACAUUUUAAAUGGAGUAUGGCUUCGUGGACUGUCACUGUCACAUAUCCGCUCAUGAAUUCGAGGAGGAUGUGGAUGAUGUGAUCAAGAGGUCCAGAGAGGCUGGUGUAAAGACUCUGAUUGCAGUUACAGAAGAAAUCGGAGAGUUUGACCGAGUUCUUCAGCUGCAGAAAAGCUAUCCGGAUCUGGUGGCUCCGUGUUUCGGGAUCCACCCACUGCAGCCUGAGCGCCGCAGCGUGAAGCCACAGGAUCUGCACGCUGCUCUGCCUCAGUUUUAUAACCACAGAGAGCAGCUGGUCGCCAUCGGAGAGAUCGGGUUGGACUUCACGCCGUGGUGCGCCUCCAGCCAGCAGGACAGAGACGACCAGAUGAAAGUCUUCGUCGAACAGCUCGACGUCGCAAAGGAGCUGGACCUGCCUGUAAACGUCCACACGCGAUCCGCGGCCAGGGUCGCCAUAGAGACCAUGAGGGAGCGAGGCGUCAGCCGAGCUCUGCUGCACAACUUUGCCGGGAAGCCCUCGGUGGCGCUGGAAGGCGUGAAGGCCGGGUUCCUCUUCUCCUUCCCCCCGGCGGUCUGCACAAACCCGCAGAGGGAGAAGCUCAUCAGGCAGAUCCCGCUGGAGCACAUCUGCCUGGAGACCGACUCUCCUGCUCUGGGGCCAGACCGACACGAGCGGAACGAGCCCGGGAACAUCGGCCUGUGCUGCAGCUACAUCGCUGAGGUCAAAGGUCUUUCGCCACAGAGCGUCCGGACCGUCACGGCCCAGAACGCCUACAGGCUCUUCCCCAAGGCCCGACCUGCAGACAGGACUCCAGACACGCUUCGAUGAGGAGGUCAACGUGAUUUUAAUGUGUAAAGAACCCCCGAGCAGUGUUUGAUUUCACCAUUCAGACUCUUUUCAUUGAUACUUGGAGGAGAACGUUCACACAAGACUGACAGGGACAAACACAGGUGCAUCUCUGCUGCAAAAACAAAUGUGUUGAGACCUUGAAAACUUGUGAAAUUAAAUGUUUGGAUCUGCUCCAGGCCUCGUUUCAAGUGACAAUGCGUCGUUUUUUACGUUUUAGUUUUGCGUUGCUUGUUGCUCUGAACCUCGUGUAAACAGACGCCCAAAACACUGCGAGAAUGUCGCAUUUUCACUUGAAAAUGUUGUAAACCGGCCUUAGAUACUGCAUUCGGCUGCGUACUUCUGCCAUAAUCGCCCGAAUCACCACCACUCAGAUCGUUAGACGCCGGAGACUCUGAUGUGUGUCUGCAGGAUCUGACCGAGUGGAACAUCUGGGAGCGAUCAUCACACCAGGUGACAUUUAUCUGGAAGACAGAGACAAAAAGACAGCGUCAAAAUGCGACAUAUUCUUCUGCAUGUGACAUUUUACAUUCUUGCAUGUUUGGUUUCAUGGAAAACUCUGACAUAAAAUGAAGUUCAUUCUGACGUUUUGCUUCAGGAUAGUUAUUUUCUCUUUUCUUCUCUGUGUAAUUCAGCAUUCAAUAAGCUGCUUUAGGCCCUGUUCCUACAAAAAAAAUAAGUGAAGAGACAAUUUGUUUUAAUUUUCAGAGAAAUUAAAAAAAAAGCAUUUCUAGGUGAUCCCAAACACCCAAAAUAAUUCCUGUUUUGAAUUAAAUGUCACGUAAACAGAAUCUUGGAUAAACAGCAGCUCUGCUA